AUGUCCGAUAUCGAACCCGGCACCGAUACGAUCAAGCAAGCCCCUCGGAAACUCGGUACCGGAGCAUCAACUAAUAUGUGCCCGAUGUCAACGGGAUCCAAAAAUGGUCCUGACCAGCCACGGAGACCGGUACAGACGUGUCUCAUCCGCAGACGCGGCUCGGGACGAUUACGCUGCAUGAGUACAGAUACUACGACGACGGCACGGAUACAGGUCCGGGUCUGUCCACAGUGGGACCUCCGUGCACGAGCCAUGAAUGCUUGA